AUGGCGCCGACAACGGGAAAACGGGUCAAGGGGGUGCAGAUAUACCGCCCUUUUGUCUACGGCACGACGGCCAAGCCAUUCGACGAAAAGACCAACCCCAAACCGCCCGGCGUCCCCGAUGACCACACCCACUCCUGGACCGUCUUCGUCAAAGGCAUCGACGAUGUCGACAUCACCUACUGGUUGCGCCGCGUACAAUUCAAGCUCCACGAAUCCAUCCCCAACCACGUGCGAAUGAUCGAAGGCGAAAAAUCCCAACCCUUCACGCUCAGCGAAACCGGCUGGGGCGAGUUCGAGAUCGCCAUCAAGCUCUACUACGUGGCCGAGUCGGCCGAAAAGCCCCAAACCCUCUACCACCACCUCCGACUACACCCCUACGGACGGACCGAAGAAGAGAAAGAAACCAUGCGGCUCAACGGCGGGCAGGUGAUUUCGUGGGCGUACGAGGAGCAGCUGUUCAACGAGCCGUACGAGCCCUUCUACGAGAUCCUCACGUCCGGGGCCAUGCCCGCUUCGCAUGCGGGCGGGGGUGGGGGUGGGGGUGGGGGGAAUAAAGGGGGGUCGAAGGGCGGCGGUGGUGGGAAGAGCAAGGAGAAGGAGCAGGCGGUCAAGAUGGUGCGGUCGGAGGGCGGGGUGUUGGAGAGGAGCGCGAUGAUUCCGCUGGCGAAUCGCCCCGGUCAGCCGUUCAGUAGGGAGACGGAACAGGUGGAGAUCAAGAAGUUGCAGGAGGCGUUGGUGAAGGUGGAGGAGCUGAUGACCAAGACGAAGGAGGAGGUUGCGGGGAAGGAGAAGCGGUUGAAGGAGCUCAAGGCGGAGAGUGGAAAGUAA